AUAGCAGGCCGCUUUACGUAUAUAACCAACGCGCGGUCGAUCUUUUCCUUCAAACGUCGCUUAAGAGUCCGAGCAGGAGCUAAGUGAGUCGCAAGCAGGAUAUCCACGACAGGAGAGAAGAAAGCUACAUGAUGAGAUUGAUAUUGAUGUUAUUUUUAUUAAUUGUUUUGCUGAGUUUGAAUACGGCUCAAGCUGAACACAGCACAAAUGUUAUAUCGGAUUCCACUGUUCGAGCAAUCGAUGAACCUGAUUGCCCACAAUCACACAAAUCUUCGGAUAAUAACAAGCGUAUCAAACGCCUGCAAAUCCGUAAUCAAGCUGGAUUAGACGGUAAGGUGCAAAAAAUUCAUCUGGAGUUUGACGAGGAGGAUAAACCGGGUAUUCACGCAUAUGGUCUACCAAAAAAAAGCUUACAAAAUAAUGGCAUUAUCGAGAGAAUGCAUCUUGGAGAGGAUCGGAUCGAUGAUGUCUUAAAAAAUGGCCGAUUGGUGGAGGCCUACGGAAUACCAAAGAAUAACAUGGAGACUAAUGGUUUUAUUGAAAGACUAUCUUUUCCAAGCGCUGAUCAUCAGCUUGCCACAUUGAGACCGCGACACGAAAACAUCAGAGUAAGGAGAUCCGUUCGCACAGGAUCCGAAAAUAAAAUCGAAAAAAAGAUAACCGAUGAGACAGAAGACAUGGAAGCACAGGAAGGCAAGGUCUUCAGGCCAUUAUUCGUCUACAGACAACAAGUGGCCGCCAGAGAAAGACGGAAGCACGCAAGGAAUGCGCACAGAAAUCAUAGGCAUGCGAUUCAUCAACCUUGCUAUCAUUGACAAGUGGCCUAUUGAUCUUACCAAGAAGAGCGUAAACCUUGACAUGUUCUUCAUUCAGAAAUCAAGCUAGAUUUACACUAGAUUUCCUAGUAAUAAUAUGCGCGAAUGUAUUGAUAUAAAAUACUUUUAUUACCAAGUCACAUUAAUUCUUUGAAUAGAGAUUUAAAUCUAGUUUUAUAUUGUUAAAAGCCUAUGUAUAUCAUCAAUUGUAUUUAAAUAGUUGCUUCAACUAUAAAUCAUUAGAAUAAUAACAUGA